AUUCAAAACAUGUCCAACAGCAACAACGAUGAUAAGAAUCUAUAUGCCAUUCUUGGCUGUACAGAAGAUGCAACUAUUGAUGAUAUUCGAAGAAAUUAUAAAAAACUUGCUCUUAAAUGUCAUCCAGAUAAACAACAACAACAGCAGCAGCAACAGAAUUUGCCCAAUGAUGAUGAUGAUGGUGGUCAAAUGAUGAUUAAACCAGAAUUUUCACAAUUAAAUCAAGCAGCUACAAUUCUAAGUGAUUCACGUGAAAAAUUCAAAUAUGAUUCAUCAUUAUUGGCACAAAAAUCACCACAAUCAAUCAUUAAUGAUGAAAUUAAUCUAAAUGAUUUUUACAAAGAUGACAAUGGUCAUCGAAUUUAUGAUUGUCGUUGUGGUGGCCAUUUUCGAAUCGAUCAUAACGAUAGUAAUCGUUCAUCAUCAUCAUUAUCACAAUCGAUGAUCAUAAUCGAUUGUGAUAGUUGUUCAUUAAGUAUUCGAUUGAUCGAUGGAUAAGAGAUAAUUCGUCAAAUUCCAAAUUUUUUUUUCCCCGUCAACAAUGAUGAUGAAUUUGCUGAUCCAGAAAAAUUCUGCUGAUAUUCCAGAAUUUUUUUUUCGUCUAUCCUAAAAAUUGACGCUCACUCACUUUCCUAUUUGGCCAAACUGAUUCUAUCAUGAUUACUGUGUGUGUGUGUGCGAUAUACGCAAAUCAACAUAUCCAUCUAUAUUAUUCGUUUAAAGCUAGAAAAAAAAAGAAUAAACUCAAACAACCGAAACUGAAAAAAAAAUAACUUCAAUGCCUAAUGUGUGAAUACAUCUACUAAUCUACUUUCUUUUUAUAUAGACCGAUUUGACAAGAUGAAUACCAAAAAGAAUGAUGACGAUCUAAACCAAAUGGUGUACUACAGGGUAUCAUUAUCAUCAUCAUCAUCAUCAUCAAUAUUGUAACAUGUAACAUAUAACAUCAAGACACACUUUAAGAAAAUUAAGUGUUUGCUUCAAUCAAAAAAAAAAAAAAAAAAUGAUCUAACAACAACGACGAUGUUGAUGAACAUUUACCGAAUCGUGUAUGUGUGUGUCUGGUGUCAACCGUACAUCGAUAAAGAAACAUGCCGAAAAUUUCAACACAAAUACAAAAGACAAUUUGAAUGAAAGUUUUUUUUACCUCCUUUAUAAAUUGUAUGCCACAAAAAAGGUUUGUGGAUGGGAGAAAACAUCAUCAUACCAUUAAAGUUUGGAUUCUAUUUCGUUCAAUCAUUUUGUUUUUGUCCAAAAUGUAACUAUGAUGCUGCUGCUGCUGCUAGUAGUAGUGGUAGUAGUUUUAAGAAUCUUGGAGAAUAUGACGCCCACCACCACCACCACCACCAAAAAAGAACAGAACAGAAUUUUCAAACAGUCAACCAACCGACCAACCAAAAAAUGGUCCAGAUGAUCAAGUCAAAAAAAAACCUAUUCAUGUUCCAAUGUUUUUUUUUUUCUUUCUUUUCUAUGGUUGGUUUUGUUGUAAACCAUAGCAGAUAAAAAAAAAAUUUGGAACAAACACACACACACACAUCCAUCCAGCAUCAUCAAUGAUCAUUUCAUGUCUAUGUAUAUAUAUAUAUAGAUGCCAUACGAUCACGAUUUGUUGGAAAUUGUAAUCGACAACAACAAAAAAAAAUAAUGUUUCAACAUUAUGUUGAUUGUAUUAUUUGCUGCUUCUGUUCUCUCUGUGUUUCUGUGUGUGUGUGUCUAUAUGUCUUUGCCUUUUUUAAUUGAAUCGUGAAAUUAUAUUUUUUUUUUUAUU